AUGCCCCUUCAUUACACUCUGGGCGCCACCCAGACCCAGUUCUCCCUCGACACGGACUCCUUCCGCGUGGAUCACCUCGGCCAGCGGACGGUCCCCUCGCCGUUGGACCGCGGCGUGGCUCGAGUGCGCGACCUGGCCGACGGUGUGCUGCUGGAUGCCACGGUCCUGCUGACCUCGGCCUCCGGGGCGGAUUGCACCAACAGCGGCACCGGCCAUUCGGUGGCCCAAACCAGCGGCUCCUCGACCGGCUACAGCCCGGAGCUGGCGGCCUCGCGCGAGGACCACGCCGUCCCCUGCUUCCUGGAGAAGGCCGGCCCGCGGGAUCAGCUUUUCUUCGACCCAGCCAAGUCCACCGCGGCCAUUGUCACCUGCGGUGGCCUGUGCCCGGGGUUGAACAAUGUCAUCCGUGCGAUUGCCCUCUGCUGCUACUACCGGUAUGGGGUUCGCCGGGUGAUCGGCAUCCCGUAUGGCUAUGAUGGCAUGUCCUUGGCUCGGCCGGAGUCUUGUCUCCGGCCGGAUGGCACCCUCGGCGGGGUGGUGGAAUUGACCCCGGCCGCGGUGAAGGACAUCCACAAGUUGGGCGGGUCGAUCCUCGGGUCGUCGCGCGGCCGGCAGAGCAUCACCGACAUGGUGGACUUCCUGCAGGCGCACAAUGUGCAGAUGCUCUUCACCAUCGGUGGUGAUGGCACGCAAAAGGGCGCGGCUGCCAUCCAUGAGGAGGCCCGUGCUCGGGGGUAUCCCCUGUCGGUGGUGGGCGUGCCCAAGACCAUCGACAAUGACCUGCUCUAUGUGGAGCGUUCCUUCGGCUUCGACACGGCCGUGGAGCUGGCCCAGAGUGCGCUGAAUGCGGCUCACGAGGAGGCCCGCGGCUAUCGCAAUGGCAUUGGCCUUGUCCGGCUCAUGGGUCGCGAUUCGGGCUUCAUUGCCCUGCACGCGGCCUUGGCCUCGGCCGAUGUCAAUGUCCUGCUGCUGCCGGAGGUCACCUUCAAGAUGGAGUGGCUGCUGGAUUACCUGGAGUCGCGUCUGCGCGGGCGCCCGGGCCAGGAUACCGCCGGCUGUGCGAUCGAGCGCCCGAACAAGGCCUGGCCCUUUGGCGAUACGCCGGCCGAUCUGGACCUGGUUCCGGAUGCGCCGGCCGGUGCCUCGGCUGCCCUGUCCAGCCAGGCCAACUGCAGCCUGCCGCACCAGCAUCCGAUCCCGAUGCAGCCGCAUUGCCUGAUUGUCGUGUCCGAGGGGGCCGGGCAAAACCUCAUGUCCGGCGAGCGUGAGCGCGAUCCCAGUGGCAAUGUUCGCCAUUUGGACAUUGGCCUCUUCCUGAAGGAGGAAAUUGCCAAGGGGCUCGACGCGCGCGGCAUCAAGACAUCCAUCAAGUACAUUGACCCGUCGUACAUGAUUCGCGCGGCCCCGGCCAACCCGAAUGAUGCGCUCUUCUGCACCCUGCUGGCGCACAAUGCCGUGCAUGCUGCCCUGGCUGGCAAGACCAACCUCCUGAUCGGCAAGGUGAACGGCGAGUUCGUCCAUGUGCCCAUCCACAAGGCGGUCGAGCAUCGCCGCAAGGUGGACGUCAAUGCUCCGCAGUAUCAGGCCUAUCUGAACAACUCGGGGCAGCCCUUCGAGCUGAAGUAA